AUGGAAGAGGUUAGCUUCUACACGGAACAAUGUGACAAGACCAUGACGCACAUGCAGCAGUGGUAUCGCGAUCGACUUUUGUUUAAAACGGGCUUGCGUGAAAUAGCGUGCCAGGUUGAUGAAAAGAAGGAGGAUAGUGAAGGAAGUGGAGUUUCUUCUGGGGAUGAAAACGCUGAUGUUGAUGUUGAUCACAAAAGUAGCGAAUUUGAAUUAUUCUUACAGAAACGAUUUGAGGAGGGCUCAAUUUCUGGUCGUUAUAUGGCUAUGUAUCUACGCACAGUUGCUUAUAAAGUGAGGUGCGAAUGUGAACACGUACGUUGCAUGGUGCUGGAAUACCUAGGCGCCGUUUACAACGAACCUGCGCAUAGUGGAGCAUAG